AUGCUUCUGCGUCCGUCCACCGAUCCAGUCGAAGGACCCAAGUCCUUGGUCUUCCACUUGAUCACUUCGACGGAGUUGGCCCCGGUGGUCUCUCGGGCCCUAAUCACUGUGCUGCCAGUACUGGGCGCGCAGCUUCAAGUCCACUCGGAUGCACUGGUGCAGAAGCGCAUCAAGAGCACCUCAGCUGAGAAGAAAACAGGUGUCCAGUCCAAGGAGGAGGUACUCUUUGAUAAGAGCAAACUUGAACCUGAUGGUCCUUUGCCACAGGCGCUGCGCCAGGCCAGUUUCCAUGGUUUUCACUACCUUACUGACACCGGUCACUACCUUAGCCUCCAACUGGACCAUGGACCAUGUGGCAGUUGGAGGCCAGACAUCAUGUCACAUGGUGUGGAAUCCAGCUUGAUCAGCUAUCGCUCCAGCUCGGGUGCACGCAAGGGCUUGGCCAGCGCCUUUAACUUUGCACCCUUCUACUUGGAGGAGAACCAAUCCCCGAAAGCGCCGAAGAGUUUGGAGGUCUCCAGGCUCAUCUACUUGGACACUGAUGUGCUGCUCUUGGGCGACAUUGAAGCCCUUUGGAAGGUGGACAUGAAGGGUCUUCCAGCAGCAGCAGUGGAGGACUGUUCACAGAGUUUCGAUCCUCAGCAGAACGUGCUCGAAGAACCCUUUGCAGUACUCCAAGACCCCAAGUCUCAAGGUGAAUUCAUGUCCGAAUGUGAUUUGGAUCCCGGUCCCUUAAGCAACUCCAGCCCUCCAAUGAGCGUGACUGCGCAACAUGGUGAACCUCACCAGAUGCACGACAAGCUCUUUUCUGUUGGCAGAUUGCAGCAUAUGGCAGCCCAUGGAAAGAGAGGCUUGAGCAAGAAAGACUGUGUCUUCAAUCGCGGCAUCUUCGUGAUGGACGACCUCUACAAAUUCGGAAUGUCCCAACCACCAUGGCUUCUGGCACUGCACAAGAAGUACCACAAGCUAGGUUUUGCCACGGUUUUGCUGUCAGAGAUGGAGCUGAAGGAGCUCAAGACGGAGCUACACCUGGAUUUCAAAGCCUUACAGAAGGCCCGGGAGACGUGGCGCUCGGUGAAGAGGUGGCUCAACAUCGUGAAGAAGUACCCAGUGGGUGCACGGGCAAUGGGCGACCAAGCACAGCCCUACAUCGCGCAGGGAGUCCUGCUCCAGAGAGGCACAAAUCCUUCAUUUCAAUGGGAAGCUGAAGCCGUGGCGGAGCCACCGAUGGGCUUGAGCCCCAGCGGGCGGGUCAGUGAUGAGGAUGUUAAGACCUUCCCGACCUUGGAGAAGAAGAGCGUCCUGGACAUGUCGUUCGUGCGCUGCGCGGACAUUUGGUCGAACUUCCUCUCCAUGCCCGCAGCCGAGCUUCUGAAUUCCACUGCGCAGCAGUUCUACCGUUUCCAAUGUGGCCGAAAUGGCUCAAGCGACGGGGGCGUUUCGGAGAUGGUGCUUGGUCGCCUGGCUGCGUUGGGGGCGAUCGGUGCUCAUGCGCAGAGUUUGGAGGAAUCGCCUGAGGCAGGAAAUGGCCUUUGCUGGUACAACAGCGACAGGAGCUAUGAUCGCUGCUGCCGGCAGCGGGAUCCAGACUGUUGGGUGGGAAUCUGGGUCACUGCAGACCUGUGCUGUUACAACAUCACGCAGCAACAGCAGGAGUGCUUCGAUUCAAUGGAAAUGCGCGUGGAAUCCAAGCUGAGAAGGCUUCAUGAUAUGGCUGAGAUGGCAGAAGAGGAAGGUUUGAUGGAGCAAGCUUACAUGUCUCGUGUUCAAGCAUCCAGCUAUGAGAUCUUGUUAUCCCAGCCUCUCUCGAUGUGGUCCUGGGCUUGCAGUGUACCUGACUCUCCAUUUCUUUGGAGUCCAGACUGCGCAUGUUGCGAACCUGAGGAGGGCCAUUGCAAGCGACCUGACGAGCUCUUUGUGCAGAAGGCCUUCCUCAGCUGUUGCUACAGCGUUUAUGCUCGGCGCACCUUUGAGGAGCCGGAGGAGGCCUUGGAGGCGCAGAUCCAACGGCACUUGGAACCCCUGCGCCCCUCGCGCGCGGCGAUUCAACGCCUGGGCCCCACGCUGUCGUGGCACCUAGGAGGCGCCUCUCGGGCGCAUGGAUGUGUCAUCUCCAUCCACCCAAACGGCAGCAUUACGACGUGCCCGGAAGAAGUCGCUUGCCAUGGCUUCGAUUGCUCCUUUUUGCGUGCAGUGGUUUUGGCACUGGAGGUGAUUCAAGCGAUCCAUCCACUGCCGCCACUGGACUUCGUGCUGAAUGCAGGAGAUGAAACCUUAGAGAACACCUUGCUGGAGGCGCCGGUCUUUACCCGUGGAGGGACUUGGUGGACACACACGUUGACCUUGCCGUUUGAGUGGCAGAUGCAUCCAACACAAUGCGUUCGUACGAUCAAGGUGGGAAUGAAUGCCAUGGGUCUCAUCAAGUGGGAAGACAGGAAGCCAAUUCUCAUUUGGCGUGGCUCUCAUUCAAACUUGUGGACACCACAUUGCAAAAUCUACAGGGCGGCUCGUGAGUUUCACAUGUUGGAGCGCUGUGUGACUUCCUUACCUCCGCAUGGCUCGCCCCGCGAGCCCAUCUGGAACUUCAGCACCUGGCUGCAGAUGCCGCGAGGGCGCUUGAUCAUGCUGAGCCGCUUCGUCGACUUCGUGGAUGCCAAGCUGGUGGACUCCAAGCUAGUGCCCAUGAGCCCUGACUUGGAGUCCUUCUUGCGUGAAGAGCAGCUCUAUGGCGAGCGCAUUGAGGCUGAAGCCUUGGCACAGUACAAGUAUCACAUUGCCAUUGAGGGCAACUGUGCGGCGGACCGCGUGUGCUGGCAACCCUUCUUGGGGUCCGUGUUGUUGCUUCCCGAUGGCCCCUGGCAACAACUGCCCACCGUCCGCACCAUGGAACCCUGGGUGCACUACGUCCCAGUCUUGUACGAUCUCAGCGAUCUGGUGGACAAGUUGCUGUGGCUCCGCGCCCACGAUGCCGAGGCCAAGCAAAUCGCCCUCAAUGCCGUGGCCUUUGCACAUCGGCAUUUGACAUGUGAUGGCAACAUCUACUACUUGGACCGCUUGUUCCGAGCCUAUGCCGCCAAGCUUGUUCCUUGAUCGAUGCUGGGCAUGGCUCUGGUGUGGUCAGAAACACCACGUUUUGCAGUGUCAAGCGAGCCAUGUGGGUGGUUUAUCGGAUGAUCUUGGGCUGGCAGUCUGCCGAGCCAACGGUGUCUUCCUGCGUUCCUGAGAGGCAUAUGAUCGAGGCAAAGAAGCACUUCAUUCAGGACGACGAUGGCAUCACGAUGAUCCACCGCAUCGCUCCUGUGGGCGAAUUCCACGCGCCUCGCACCGCCAGUCUAGCGGUCGAAUGCCGGACAGAGGGACGUGGAGGAAGCGAAAAGAAGCUACUUGU